AUGACGGUGAACUCAUGGACGUUGAUAUGCUCCUCCUUGAUGCAAAGAUUCUACAAAACUAACUUUCUUACAGUCAUGGCAGAAACAGACGGGUCAGUGUUGGAUGAUGAACUGACGUUGGCCAAAUCAGAAUUACUUGCUAGCAAGAGAUCAGUGCAAAGCGAUCUCUGUUUUAAAUCUUCCAAGGAUCGUAGCUUCGUGUUUGGUAACGUUUGGAUUCCGGAGGCGAAAGGGGUUGUGCAUGUGUAUUUGAAAGAUUGA